AUGUCUUACAAUAUGAACGCGGAAGAUACCAAGCAGGAUACGGAAAGUAUUGGCACACGUUUUCUGCACAGACUGUCUGGGUCUAGUGCGAGUGGCCAGCGGAGGACUGGGUUGAAGGCCAAAGAAGUCAAUGCGAGAGAAUCCAGCUCUGGAAAAGAUACGACAACGAAAGAAUCAAAAGCCCAAAUGGCUGAGCAUGAGGGGGACUUAUCUGGAAGAACCAUCGGCGACGUCGGACUAAGCCGAGAUGAACUCAUUCAGCGAAACUUCGAAGAUGUGGGCCGUCGACUUUUCGGCGCAGCUGGCAAUGUCCCAGGGGGUGCCCUGUCUGGUGGAAAGGCGACCUCAAACGAGAGCGGGACUUCGAGCAUCAGCGACGGACAAAGAAUUAGUGGAGGAGCACAAGAGCCAAACUUUGAUAUCCGAAAGGGACCUCUUACCCCGGGGGCAGCAUGUCAGGCCUUGACCAACGUGAAGCCACUUACCCAUCAGCCGGAGCCUCUGGGUCUGGAUCAACUGGUCAUGAAACUGGCCAAGAAACGAGAAAUCAACCUGCUGGGUCGGGAAAUUGGACUACGAAGAGCAAGCUUAGGGUCUGGUCUGCUCGCAGGAACUCGAAGCAGGAAGACUUCAGAAGCAGCUGAGGGUACGACACCGUAUACACCUUUGUCUGGAGACAGCUCGAUGCCCCCGUCUGGCGGCGGUUCUGUCUUUGGGAGGACGACCACUACGAAGGUUGCGCCUGCAACGAGUCCCAAAGGAAGCAUUGAUAAUGGGGUCAGUGCGGGCGCAGGGCCCCGUAUUACUUUUCAAGAAAUUCCAUCACGAAGCAAAGAGGACUCCGCAAAUGUCACAGCAUUAGGAGCCGGAUCUCAAUCUGCCAAGCCUGUUGAUGAUGCACCCGACCCGCAAACUAUUGGCGAGCCGUCUGCUGCAUCACCGAAAACAACAAAAACAUCAAACAAAGCUGAAAAAAAACAUAUCAAAUACAUGAAACCAUUCGUGUCGACACCAGAUUCUGCAAGUACGGAGAGCUUCUCGCCGAAACGUCAAGGAAGAUCACCUAUAGAAAUAAUGCCCGGGGCUAUGCCUGGCAUGCAAAGCGAUACCGUCCUCGGGACUGAUGAAUACGGUUUUGACCCUGACGCGGUGGAAUCGACGAAACGCAAGAACGCUUCCGGGAUCAAGACAGAUAAGGAGGUACAAUCAAGUUCCAAUGCCGGGCCGGGACCUAUGGCAGCAAUAGCUGGAGCUGGGCCUAUAGUCGGACUAGGUGCAGCCUCUGGGGUGUCUCAAAACCCCGAAGAAAAGAAGGAGACCCAGUUGCAUGACAGGACCGGGAAUACUGUCAAGCCAGACACCAAGGAUCAGAAUGAGACGGAAGUUGUGUCCCGUACACCUGAUGAGACACCGUCCGAAGGAUCUACUGUGGUAGUGGGGAACGCAAAGAUGAGCACCACGCCGACCAGCAGGCACAAGAAGAGAGACAGUAUCGCAGGUGGAGUCUUCAUUGAUGAUUCGGCCAUACAUGAUUUCGAUAAUCAUGCUCAACUUGGAACGGGCGUUUUUGCAGAUGGAGACACAUAUUUCGGCUCCAAAGAGAAGGGUCCAUCCCAAGAUAUAUCGAACAAGAGCACUGACAGCAACCUUGGAGAUCAAGGUAUUGCGGGGACGGCACUUGGGACGGUGGCAGGUGCCGGACUGACCACAAGAGCUGGAACGAGGAAGCUCAAUAAUUCGGACCGCCAACAGAAGCAAGAAAAUAAGAAGAUCAGUUCAACGGAUCUUCCAGAAUAUCGCCAUGAUGGAGCGAAUGACCUGAGUCCUAGCCCUGGAAAGAGCACAUCUGCAGGAAGCCCCAGUCAAACAUCUGCCGUCAAGCCUCGCGCUGCAGUGACGAUUGUCGAACCCAAAAAUGUCGAUGGGAACGCUUUAAACAAAUCCACCAUCGGAGAGGCUCCUGGGCCUAACCUAACUCCCGACAGAAAAGAUUCAGCGGAGCGAACUAUCAAGAAUGCCUUACGAAAAGGCAGUAUUGGUUAUAAGUCACCGAAUCAAAGAGCUCUCGUCGCUGGCAACGCCAUAGACCGCAACAAUAAAGACGAAGCUCGACAAGAUACAUUGACCCCUGGUGAAGCUGAAAAGACCAACAACAAAUUUGCUGAACCGACAGACAAGGCCACAAUAUCUACUCCAGAUAUUUCUGAAAAUCGAGGAGUUCGUGGUCUAGAGACCAAUAACGGCUCCGGAGCUUCAGAGGAAUCGCAUACCGACUUCAAGCCUAAGCCUGAGAGCAAAUCUGCUGCAGUUGUUGGGCGGAGCAGCUCUCCGAAAAAUUUGAGGUUCCUGGGGAAGGCUGGUCAUAAAGAAAACCUUUUAGAAGAGAAAGUCCAGGGCGUGUCACAGAAAUGCAAGACUCAGCUUGGAGUCCAACCGAGUGAAUUGAGCGAGAGAUGCACCACAGUGGAUGCAUGUUUUGAUGCAAUGGCCUUAGAAAGACUUCGAUGGAUGCCUCGGGAUGGGAGUCGACUUGAUUGUUCUCUGAGGUGGGCCUCCAGGUUGGCUUAUGCUGUUGACGCUCUUCGUGAGUCUGUCGGCAGCUUUACUCCGGGCGCCAAUGAUGCAGCUAAGAUGAUUUGGGGCUGUGUCCUCAUGUUGCUUGAGAGAAAUGGAUAG